AUGGGUGAAUACCACAUCCGUACAUUUGAGGACAGGGACUAUGAGGCGGUGCGCACCAUCUUCUCCCACGGCAUCCAGGAGCACGCUCCAGCUGGCUGUUGGCACGUUCUCCGGUUCCCUCAGACCCACCUGCUGCUGUUGGCCAUCUUCCUUGUGACCUACAUGAUCUCAGCUUCUCUCCUCUUCUCCUGCGGAGUGGUGGCAGCCUUUUUGGUUAUGGGAUGGAUGCGCAUGAAGGGCCUCUGGGCAGCAUAUGUCCAAGCUGCACUUGUCAGUGACAUGCUGGACAUCCGGAAAACCUACCUGGAGCCCAAAGACUGUUGCUUUUGGGUGGCAACAUCUGGAGAGGAAGUGGUAGGGAUGGUGGCUGCCGUCCAACCAGAAGACCCGUCUCAGCGGGGCAAGGCACUGGAGCUGAAGCGCAUGUCGGUGGCCAAGCGGCACAGGGGUCAUGGGCUCUCCAAGGCGCUUACCAGGACCGUCAUCUGCUUUGCCCAGGAGCGUGGGUACCAAGAGGUGGUGCUGGGCACUUCCAUGGUGCAGUACGCGGCUCAGCGGGUGUACGAGGGAAUGGGCUUCCGCAAGGUCAAAGUGGAAUACCCCUCCCUCCUUCCGCAAGGUGGAAUACCCCUGGCGAAGCUGCUGCAGUUCUACAUUUACUACUAUCGCUACAAGAUUGCCAGAUCGCAUUGA